AUGGAAUCUAAAGCACGUAAACGUAUUGAAGAACUUUAUCAAUUAACAAGUGAAAUAGUUAAAGAAUAUCAUGAUAUGAAGAACUACAAAUAUGAUUAUAAACUUUAUAGAAAAUAUAAACAAUUAAAACAAAUAAAUAAGAGAUUACAAGAAAAAAUCAUUAAUCAACAUUGUUCUGGUUGUAAAUGUUUUAUUCAAACAUAUGAAAACAAAAAUGAAGAUACAAAUGAGCAUAUUGUAUUUGUUGAUUCAAAAAAUUCGGCAAUAAUAGAAAACAAGAAAAAAACUUCAAUUAAUAGUAAAAACAACUCAGAAAGUUCAUCAGAUGAUGAAAAUGAAGACAUGGAUACAAAUGACAACGCAUCAGAAACCACAACAAAUGAUAUAGUGAUUGAGGAAGAAGAAGAAGAAGGUGAAUAUGAUUCAAAAAUACUACUUCAUAACAUUAAAGUUCUCACCAUAUGCCGAUAUCUAAUUAAUAAACCACGUUCAGGAGUUGAUUCUAAACCAUCGAAAGUUACUGUUCAUUCAUUUAUUGUCGAACAAAUUAAACCUCAACCAACUGAUUAUGAAGAAACAAACUUACGUAUUCGUAAUGAAUUACUUGAAAUACAUCAAUUAUAUAUUCAAAAAUUACUCUCAAGUCAAGAAAAUAAAAUUUCUACAAGAAGAAGUCAACGUCAACGAAAAUCACUUUGA